AUGGAUGCAGAUAUUGAGGUUUCUGCUGAACUGAAAUUCAAGCACAGAGAGAAAACUGGAGAAGCUAGUUCAUUUGCACACCAUAUGAAAGAUACAUUGAGAGGUAUCGAUCCCAAUGGUGGGAUAUUCCUACGUACAAACUGGCAGAUACAAGGAUACUUAUGUGAGCAAGCUGAUGCAAUUGAGAAGCAUAGCAGGUCGUUUCCUUUAAAUGCCUUUGAAUCUAUUCUAAGGCAGCUUCAGAAACUGGCACCAGAAUUACAUCGUGUUCACUUCUUGCAUUACUUGAAUAACCUUUAUCAUAAUGAUUAUCCUGCUUCAUUGGAGAAUCUUCACUGCUACUUUGAUUAUAGUGCAGGGGCAGAAGGAUUUGAUUUUGUUCAACCUACUUCAUCUGCUAGCAAUAGUUUUGGAAGAUAUGAGAUUGCUUUGUUAUGUUUGGGAAUGAUGCAUUUUCACUUUGGGCAUCCUAAGCAGGCUUUAGAGGUUUUAACUGAAGCAGUUCGUGUUUCUCAACAGCAAAGUAAUGAUACUUGUCUUGCCUACACUUUAGCAGCUAUCUGCAACCUACUGUCUGCAAUUGGCAUCUCAAACACAACUGGGAUACUUGGAUCAUCAUAUGGACAUGUGACCAGUAUAGGAACUUCAUUGUCCAUAAAGCAACAGUUGUUUGUGCUUCUGAGAAGGUCUUUGAAGAGAGCAGAUAGUUUAAAGUUAAAAUGAUUAAUGGCUUCAAAUCGUCUUGCAAUGGCUAAAUUUGAUUUAACACAUGUGCAAAGACCGUUGCUGUCAUUUGGUCCCAAAGCUUCCAUGAAGCUUAAGACAUGCCCAGUUAAUGUUUGCAAGGAACUGCGGCUGAGUUCUCAUUUGAUUAGUGAAUUCGGCACUGACAGUUCUAUAAUGAUAACUGAUGGUGCCUUCAGUACAGCAUGGCUUAAGAAUUUACAAAAACCAAUGGGCUCAUUAGUUUUGUCUCUAGAGAAUGCAUCUGGAGCCAAUUCCAAUGCUUUCAAUUUCUGUGCACAGCCAAAUUCAAUUCCUGGAUCUGUAUUGCAAUUAUUGGGUUCUUCAUACUUUCUCUGGGCCACUGCAUGGGAGAUAUAUGGAAGUUUUUGAAAAUUCUGAGGUUGUGCUGGAUCCUUUAAGGCAAGCUACUGAAGAGCUUGAAGUUUUGGAGUAUCAUGAAUUGGCGGCUGAGGCUUUCUACUUGAUGGCCAUGGUAUUUGAUAAAUUGGGGCAGCUAGAAGAAAGGGGAGAAGCUGCAGCUUCAUUUAUGAAACAUAUCAAGGCUCUCGAAAAUCCUCAGGACGAACAAGAUCCUCUCUUCAAUAUCCACUGAAGAUUGCCAAAGCUGCACACACAUAUAUAUAUGUAAGAAAGUUGUAUCUUGAAUUACACACACACAUAUAUAUAAUUACCCUUGAAUGUCUUGCCUUAAGCAUCCAAUAUGUUUCUCUUGGAAAGACCAUGUAAACUACUUGUAAAUUAUAGGGCAUUUUGUCUUAAUGUAAUCAUUCUUCAAUUGUUGUCACUUUUAUACUUGACAUUUUUUGUUGAUAAAUUAGUGGAUGACAUAAUAUUAAAAAUUGAAUGGCCAAAGAGAUAGAGAAAGUGGUUGA